AUGCUCAUUUGGAAGGUCGGGUGGCACCAAUGGCGGACACCGCGGGCAGUUGGGAAGAAGGUUGAAGAAUCCUUUUCUGACUGCCAAGUGUGGACCCCUGGCUGGCUUUUCUGCGCUGGUGCGGAGGAGGUCCUUCGAGGUCCUGGACGUGCGGUGUCGCAGCCGCCAGUGCGCGCGGAAGUCCACGCAGGCCCCAGAGCCGAGCACGCCACGAUCCAGCAACCAGAAGUUGGAUCAGAAGAUUCUGAGGUGCCCGAGGGUCGCUGGCAUUCGGCUCCUGAGGCGGGCGACGUGCCGCCGACCACGCUUGGAGGAUUCUCCUGGGGCCAUGUUGGAGGCCACGUGUCGGAAGGCCCCAAGGAAGAGCUCAAGGACAUCUCGGUUGAGCUGCAGCCCGAGAUUGCAGUCGGCGGAGGACUACCAGACCUGAUCGGCGGGAACGAGCCCCAGAAGUGCGCAGAGCCGAAGCGGCCGGCAGAGGCCGAAGCUUCUCCACUGGAGCCACCAGCCACGAAGAGGCGUGCCGACCCAGAGGAUGCCAAAGCCGAAAUCGCGCGGAUCCUGCAGGUCCCGGAGCAGCAGCCCGAAUGGGGACUGGAGGCCCUCGGCCUGCAGCCGCCCCCGGAAGGUGCAGAGGCGGCCGUGCGCGCCGCAGCCAAGGCCUUCCGCUCAAUGGCCCGCAAGAUACACCCCGACGGGCGCCAGCGCCUGACAGAGGAGGAUGAGCUGCGCUGCCACGAGGCCCUCGCCAAACUUCAGCGGGCCCGUCGUGCUGUUCAUCGUCUCGUGGGCUGCGUUCCCUUCAAGGCUCCGCGGCGGCCGGAGCUGCUGGAGUGCCGAGCCAUGGGCCCGACGAUGUGGAGGUUCACCUGGAAGGUGUCUCCUACGGAAAGCAGCCGCCCCGUAACCCGCUACGAGCUGCGUGCGGAGGAUGGUGGCUUCUUCGUGACCAUAGCGGAGGUCGACCCCUCGGCAGCCGCAGGCGGCUUUGAACUCAAGGAGGAGCAGCUGAGCAGCCGCAUCCGGACAAGCCUUCACGCCACUGGCUGCCUGCGAGUGCGCGUCGCCGCUGUCGGCCGCGGAGGGGUCGCGUCCAGCGAAGAGGUCGCGGUCCGACUGGCCGAAGGAGGAGAAGGUACGGCAGCCACGCAGACGCAGACCUCCACCUGUGCCAAGCGCAAGAUGAAGGACGUCUUCUGGUGA